AUGACGACUCGAUCGUCGAGGCCUCCAGGACAGAACUGGUGGGAAGCGCCCGCUGCCGCCUUUUGCUCGGUGCACGAUGACUGUGUCUUUGAGCGCCUCAUAUUGGUCGAGGGCCCUGUUGGACGUUUUGCAUGGUCUGAUCUGGUCGGCCAAAAACACACCAUCGAAAGACAACCUGCUGCUGCUGCUGCUGCUCUGAAUGCUAAACUUGUUCUCCCAGCUAUACACGAACUUUUUCAACAAUAUCCCCAAGGACAUGCGCAGGGCGAUAACCUGCUACGCAGCGCAACGCAGCCCUCUCCUUGGAAUCCGCUGAUGGGCGCCCUCUCCGUAGGUGGACGUGGCUCUUCGGAAGGCUCCGCUCACAGCACCGUGGCAGCAGAAGAACCUGGAUCCUUCGCCAGCUUUGUGGCUCGAGAACAGAGGAGAAGCGUCCAGUUUGCGCCAUUGCUCAAGUCUGGUGUGCUGAAUGCUGGCCCAACAGUGCAUGUGGCCCUGCCGAGGGAAGGCACAAGCGCCGCAGGACGCUCUCGAAGCAGAUCACCAGACCUCGAGUGUUCUGACUGCAGUUACGUCGCGAGAACCCGCUCAGAUCUCAAGAAACACCGUGCGCGACACAACCGCGAACACAAGUGCCCGUUUCCGACCUGCCCGCAAAGGCAGAGGGGCUUUGCGACGAGCAAUGACCUGGACAGGCACCUCUUUGUGGUUCACAAGAUCAACAACAGGAGGUCAAGGUCGUACAAGUGCUUCGGCAUUAACUGUCCACGACCAAACCAGGAAUGGCCUCGAUUAGACAACUUCAAGCAACAUCUCAAGAAGUUGCAUCCGGGGGAAGUUGAGAUUUCUCUACUGCAAAAGUCUAAUGCUUGGUAUGAAUCUCAACUUUGCCAACAAGAGGCUGGGCCUCCUGCAACCCCGCUCUCAUCUUGUGGGAGUGGGAGUUCUGCUCAGAUCGAUCGCGACAGUGGCAACGCAGAUGUGGAGGUUGCCGAACAUAGAGAUGUUCCCGAACCUACCUCAGUCCGUCGGAGUGCCCCCUAA